AUGGAACAUUUGAUGUUUGAUUCGGUCCAAGUCAUGGGAGAUGCCGUUCCAAAUGAGUUUGUCUUCUGUGAAGCAGCUACUAACCCGUCAAGUCCUGCUGAUAUAUCGGACGUACUAAUCGACAUCAGGGCCCAGCGUGUCAUUGUUAAAACCACAUUACCUGCUGAUUCAGUACUUGAAGCGUUGGAGAAAACUGGUAAGAAAUGCAAGCGAAUUUGUUGA